AUGUUCUUUCAUUCCAACAUCUAGUCUACAAUCAGUCUGAACACAGACGCGAUGAGGUGUACGCUGUGAUAUACAGUACCACUGUCGAUUUUCGGGUCGUAGGGUGUGCUAUUAAUAUAGUGAGCGAGUCGUCGGCAUGCCUCAAGGCUCGAAGCUAUACUUCCAAUUGUCGUGCAAACCCGGGGCACAGAAGCCCAAGGCUGCGGGAGACACGCUGGGGAUGACACAGCUGACAACGUUCCCAGCAUCCUUCUUUGUCAAUGAUAAGAUUGCGUUGGGGAACGUACUUAAACUCCUGAUUCGGUUCCUCGGUCUAAUUACGGAAUAUAGACCAGUUCCCAUUCGUUCAUAGGGGCACUACUGGAACGAAAUCCUGGACUUGAAAGUAGAUUCUCUACCAUGGUCUAUGACCUUUCGUCGAGAGCUGCAGAUUGGAUGCAAGGCAAGAAUAUAAAAUACGAUUGUCUGCCGCUCACAAUGCCAGUGGUGGGAACGACCAGAUGUUCA